CCGAGCGAUGGUCGCUCUCGUGAGAGAAAUAGAAAACGAGAGCUGAAAAGAGACAGAGACAGGAAUAAAUAGGAGAGGAAGAGUGGGAGAAUCGCGUGUUCGAAAAUUUGGAGAUUAACUCGCUCCGUCACAGAAACGAAAAAAAAAAAUUAGUGAUACUGUGUAUUCUCUGUGUGUGAGUGAGUGCUCUAUUCGUGUGUGUGGGUGUGUAUAUGUGCAAAAGAGCAAGAGAGAGAGAGAUUGGUGUCGCGUGUGUGCGUGCGCGUCUCUCUCUCUACGUACAGGUUUUUUCGUACGAGCUUAUUCUAUACGUGAUACGCGAGCCACCUACGUGUAUGCUCUUUCGUUGAAAACUUGGAAACAAGUGUAGUACGAAGAAAGUCGAAAAAAAAAAGAAAAGAAGACAAAGGUGGCCGCCUUUGGUGCCGCCUCGAGGACUGGCUCUCUGUGAUAUAGCUCUUUCUCUGUCUUUCUAUCUCUCUCUUGUUCCCCUUCUCUUUCUAUUCCUCUUUUAUCCUUUUUUCUCUCUCUCUCCUUGUUCUUUUUCUUCUCUUCGUUCCCUCACUCUCCACCCCCACCUCUUACCCCCGUCCUCAUCGCUAUCCGUCUAGCGCACAUACACGCGUUCGACCCUCGAGGGAAGAAGUGGAAGAAAGAGAGAAGAAAUAAAAAAAGAAAUAAAAAAAAAAUAAGAAGAAGAAGAAGCAAAAGAGAAGAAGAAGAAGGAACAGACGAAGAAGUAGAAGAAUGGAGGCGGUAGCGAAGCACGACUUUACCGCGACAGCCGAGGAUGAGCUUAGCUUUCGCAGGUGUCAAGUCCUUAAGAUUCUCAAUAUGGAGGAUGAUAUGAAUUGGUUCAGAGCCGAAUUAGAUUCCAGAGAAGGACUCAUUCCAAGUAAUUACAUAGAAAUGAAAAAUCACGAUUGGUAUUAUGGAAGGAUAACCAGAGCAGAUGCUGAAAGGCUAUUAAUGAAUAAGCAUGAAGGUGCCUUUCUGAUUAGAAUCAGUGAAAGCUCUCCUGGUGACUUUUCGUUAUCCGUAAAAUGUUCAGACGGUGUGCAACACUUUAAAGUAUUAAGAGAUGCUCAGGGCAAGUUCUUUCUUUGGGUCGUAAAGUUUAAUAGUUUGAACGAACUGGUAGAAUAUCAUCGUACAGCAUCGGUAUCACGUUCACAAGAUGUCAAAUUACGUGAUAUGAUUCCUGAAGAGUGUUUAGUGCAAGCAUUAUAUGAUUUUGCUCCACAAGAACCUGGUGAAUUGGAAUUCAGGCGAGGAGAUGUAAUUACUGUUACAGAUCGCACAGAUCAGCAUUGGUGGCAUGGGGAGAUUGGUAACAGAAGAGGACUAUUUCCAUCGACCUAUGUUACUCCCUAUCACUCCUAGGCCUGAUUUAAUAUAUACAGGUCUCAACUAUUGACCGCCUUAUCCCACCAUCAUUAUAUACAGGAUCAGCCUCGCUGCAAAAUUAAUCCAGAAUGUUUUGCGAGCACACCGCCUAUUGAAUGGACUACCAGGAUAUACUCUUGGUGGUCCAAAUGUCGAGUAUUGUAAUAAAUACGAUUUCGACAUAAAAUACUAUUUAGUAAGGACCUCUGACCGGUCCCAUUGAGAGAAAACAUUAUUUCUUACAUCCUUAGUAAUCCAUACGAGAGUGUGUAGAGUUCCUUGAUGUAUUACACGACAGGGUAGUGUCCACAUUGUUUUUAUAUAUCGUUGGAUGGACAAGUUUUAAUCUUCUCUGUGGGACUGAAUAUGCUGCUACCAUUUGAAGUUAACAUUGAUAGAUGUCGUAUGUGUAUCGUAUGUCUGCGAUCAAAUAGAAUCCAUCGAAUAUUCAUUAACCGCAAACAUUUUGACUUUUUAUUCAAUAUAUAAUAUACCAAGUGCUCUAAGCAUGCAAUCAUUAACUAUCAUAUGUUAAAAUCGUAACAUCGACAUAUAUUAUAAAUGAAACUUGAAAUGGUCUUUAGUAUUUCUUGGUAGUCCAUUAAAAUGGUGUUAUACAUCACAGAUAAGCAUUAGUCUUUUGCAAGCAUGCUCAUUGGCCAUAUUAAAACAAUAAUUAUAUCUCUUGCUAUCUCAGAUAGUAGUUUAGGAGAACUGGGAUUAUAUAAAUCUUGUAUUUUUUAAUACAGAUCCGCUAUUCGAGGAAAUGGGGACCUUGGCGAGAAAAGGGCCUAGUUAAAAACAAUUGCAUAAGAAAUUUAAAAAAAAGAAAAAACUUUAUAUAUGAACAUGUAUAGCGUUAAAAAAAAAGCGCAUCGCCUUUUGGCAUUGGACAAUUUUUGUUGUCUUUUUUCUAUCGUCAAUAUUUUCGCGAAUGAUUAAGAGAGAAAACAUUUUUUUCUUACGCUUUUAUUAUACGUUCGAUAAUACGAAUAUUUCAGAUAUAUUAUCUGUAUCGUAUACACAGACAUACACAAAUUCGAAUAAGCUAAAUAUAAGCUUUUCUUCGGUAUUUCUUCAUAAUGAAAUUUUAAAAGAAUUGGUGGAAUCUGUUUAAAAGAUAUUAUUAAUACUGUUUCUCUCUCAUCAUCUAUUAUAUACAUAAGCAGUUAAAACGCUUAAAGAGAUUUAUUUUGUAAUUAAACGAAUCUUGUGGUAUACGUAGUGAACAAAAAAUAAAAAAAAAAAAAAAAAUAAAAAAUAGAAAAAAUCUUUUGUUUUAUUCUAGAGAUUUUACUACGAGUUGGGAGAGACAACCACACAUAUACAGCGAUAAAGCGUAUAUACAUAUUGUAUAUACAUUAUACAUGCAUACACAUAUUGAAGAUAAUCGUGCGAGAUUAAAAUACAAUUAUUGUGAUUGAUUUAUUUUUUGACAACAACUCUGUGACAAAUAUUGCAUAAAUGCAGAAAUAGAUAAAUACGAAUAUUUCAUACGAUAAAACAUUAUUGCUAUUUAAAAACGGAAAACAAAAAAAAAGGAACGAAAACAAAUAUUGCUAUGCACUUCAUUAUUCAUCUAGCAAAUUUAAUCAUAUGUUGCAAAGAAAAAAGAAAAAGAUGCCAAGAAGCGAUACGAUAUUGAAGUCUGCCAUGUGUUAAUUUUAAUCUGCACACAAUAUUUAAAUAUAAAGUUUGUAAUUUUAAAAACGAUUCAAGGGGAGUCUAUGUACAUUUCUCAA